CAAGCAUCUAGUCUUUGGUACAAAAUAGUCAAAGUUUCCGUUUAACAAAAUAAAUAAAUAAAUUUUUUAAACAGGUUUGUUGUUAUUAUACAAUAAAUACAUAAACUAAUCUCGUGUUAUAAAGAAUAAUACUUCAAUGUAAAUAACCAUAAAAAUCAGUGAACUACAACAAAGAGAGAUGGUGAAAGAUUGUGUUGAAAAUAUAAAAAUACGUUUAAAUUUUUAUAAAAUACUUGACCCAAGAGUGAAAAUGACUAUUUGCGUGUAAACCAUAAACGGAUGAUGAUCACCUUAAAGUGGAUUAAAUGAAAAAGUGAAACAAUUCUAACGAAAGAAAAGUGACAAAACAACAUUUUAAUUCCGUUAAAUAAAAAAAAACAAAAAGAAAUGUUAGACAAACUAAUUGUUUUCUAUUCAUUUAUUAUUAUAUUAAAUCCCGCGAUUAAAUUAUGUUCCACAGAAGAAUUAAGCAAAAAUGCCACAAGUGUUGCAAGUACAAGAGUACGAAAGAUGCGAGUGAACUCUGUAGUUAAAGCUGAUGAGGAUACGUGGCAACCAAUAAUACCAACACACAAAUGGUUGGCAGCGAAAACAACUUUAACACCAGCAGUGUCGGUGUCAACGACACCAACUCAUGCCUCUGACUUAAGGCAUAGUACAGAUUUAAGAAAUAGCUUGGGAAAUAAUUCAAAACAAAAGCAUCAAGGUUAUAUUAAUCCACAGACAUAUCACAACUCUGCAUACAAUCAUCAUUAUCAACAGCAACAGCAUCAUCGUAACGGAAAUUAUAGUAAACGACAUAUAAAGACAUCAACAGCAUCAUCUUUAUCUUCAGUCACAUCACCAUUAUUAUCUGCAUUGCCAUCAUCCUCUGCUCCAACACAGUCUUUAAAAAACAUAAAAUUUAGGCCAAAUAUUUACUCUACAACAAAUCAUAAAAAUAUUAUAAAAAACAGCAGAGGUAAAGGAAAAACCCAACCCAACUCUCAUCAUUAUCAGCAACAACAACAACAGCUUUAUCCUUUGAAUAAUAUUGAAACGUUAUAUCCUCAAAUUCAAAUACCAAACGAUAUUAUAAGUCAAGUACAUCAACAAUAUGAAGCGAAAACUGAAAAGAACUUAAUAUCCUCAAAACUAAAUUUAAAUAAUAUAGAGGAUGUAGCAACACCAACCAAACAUCAUACAAAAACAUCUUCCUCAACAUCAGCAAAUUGGCAUUAUUUCCAACAGCCCCAAUUCGAGGCAAAACACGUCAUUAGUCUAACACCUAAAAUUGACACUUUCAAUUUGAAUACAACGAGUAAAAUAACAACAUCAAAUGUGAAAAUAAAUACGUUUAGAAAUGGAAAUGAAACAGACGAAAACAAUGAAAAGAAUUUCAACAGCAGCAGUUUAAGAAAAACACAAAAUUCUUUUUUAACUAAUGAAAAUUUAAUCGAUAAUCAUAAAUACCAAAUCAUAAAUACCAAACAGCAUCAUCAACAUCAUCAUUAUGAGAAUUUACUUCACAGCGGUGGGGUUAAAUCUGUCACAUCAACAUUCAACGCUUCUGAUGAAAAUCCCAUAAAAGCCACUAAAACUCAUUCAAUUGACACGGCUGCUAAUGCUGCUACAGAUGAUGAAAAGAAUUUCAAUGGAAAAAUGUUGCUAUUAAGAAAAACUUUAAGUACUACUCAAGACUUUUAUGAUAAUUUAAAGAACAUAAUCUUGAGUGAUAAGAAUAAUAAUAGUAAUAGAAGUAGUAGCGACAGUGAUGUCGUUGUUGAUGCUGAUGAUUAUGAUAUAUAUUCAAAUGAGGAUAAAAACAAUGAUGAUUACGACUUGCAAAUACUAAACUCUUCACCAUAUGAAAUGCUUAAAGAGUCAUCAACAACACUGGCAACAAUCUUAGCGACAGCUAUAAAUUCGUUUAGUAUGAAUAAUAAGUUAUUACCUUUAACAUUACUAAAUGAAGUUCAAGGUCGUCAAAGGCAAAUUGAUAACGUUACAAUGAAUAAAGAAGUGCAAAAUGUUAAAUUUAAGGCGACCAAUGAAACGCAAUCACAAAGUAAAUUAUUGAAUUUGUUACCCACAAAAGCCCAGACGACGACAACAACAACAACAUACUCAUCGUUAUCGCCAUCAACAUCAAAGUCCUUAACAGCGAUUAGUUCCGGUCGUAAAGUGAAAAAGGUUAAAAAGAAAUUUAAAAAAUUCCUUUUACCUCUUGUAUUGGCCUACAAACUAAAGUUUAUGGCUUUAAUACCUUUACUAAUUGGUGGUCUUACCUUGUUAGUUGGAACAACAGGAUUAGCUGGAUUUUUCUUUGCUUUAUUUACGGCCGUUAUGAGUUUGAAAUCAGGCAGUCGUAAUGCAAUUGUGGUAAAGAAGUAUUGAGAUUUUUCAUAAGACAAAUUUAUAAUUUAUGUAAGAUUUGUUGUUAGAAGUGGGGAAAAAAAGGUUUGUGCAUUAUUUGCCAAAAUAUUUUUGAUCUUAUUAGAAUACAAAAUUAGAAUUUUAACAAAAUUUGUUACAGCUUUUGAUUUGUUUCACAUAGAUCAUAUACUUAGGAUUCUGGACCAGGUUAUACAUAUAAUAAUUUUAUCGAAAACAAGUAGAAAAGUAUAGUCGGGCAUGGCCGACCAUACAAUGCCCUACAC